CAAAUGAUUUUAACUCCUUGCUUAUAAGCUGCAAGUCGGCAUGAUAUACCAGCAAUGCAGAAGAGGAAAAUGACGGGAGUAUCUGCAGCUAGAGGAUUGUUUCAUGGUUCCAUAUGAGCCCGCAACUACUCGACACUCCACUAAUAAUCAGGGAGAUCUCUCAUUUUUAAGCUAAUUUCGCAGGACGAGAAUGUGGAGACGCCAUAAAUUAUUUGAAACACUUUGUAGUACGAAACUCCGUUGGAAACAACGGCAGCAGCCAUGGAUUGCUGUUACAGCUUCUGUGUAUUCAGAAGCCCGAACGAAGAAGGGAAAACUUGCUCCACUGCAGGAGCGAAAAAUGAUAGAUAGGUUUAAAGUAUGGGUUAAAGGAGGGCAAGGAGGGGGUGGAUGCACCAGUUAUAUGAGGAGUCGCCAGGCUCGACAUGGCACGCCAGAUGGUGGAAGUGGAGGAAAAGGUGGUGAUGUCAUCCUUGAAAGCUCUGCAGCAGUUUGGGAUUUAAGCAACCUUCAGCACCACCUCAAUGCAAAGAAAGGGGGCCAGGGAUUUUCCAAAAAUAAAGUAGGUAGCAGAGGAGCAGACAAGGUUGUACAAGUGCCAGUAGGUACCGUGGUUCAUUUAGUCAGUGGUAUGAUCCCUUCAACUUUACAAGGUGCUUCCACACAGGAAAGAUUCCCAUGGGAAAUCCAAAGUACAGAUCUUGAAAGCAAGGAGGCCACCAAUGGAGAAUUCCAAACCAACAAGAGGACUCGCAAGGAAGCACUGGAGGUAUCUGUGAACAGGGAAGACUACGAUGUUUCUGCAGAUUCGAAAAACAAGGGAAGCAAUGUGGAAUUAAACCCUAUCAGGAAUGUGGACCGGACCAUCAAUUCAAAUGCGUUAGAUGAUGAAUUGAGCUCUCACGAGAAUGUGGAUCAUUCCCUGAAUUCAAAUGGGUCAGGUGACGAUGAAGUUACUGACAUUGAUGAGUUUUCUCCACAUUCUCAAAGAAAUAAUUACAAGAAUGUACCAUUUGAUGGGGACUUUGAAGAUGAAGAGGGAUCUGAAAAAGAGGAAAUACAGUAUUCAGUGGCAGAAUUUGUGGAACCAGGUCAACGUCUUUUGGUUGCUUGUGGAGGCAUUGGAGGGCAAGGAAAUCUUGCUAUGGGAAGAGGUUCAAGGUACCAGAAAGGGAAACUAGUAGAUGAGGAUGAUUCUUCUGAGACUCUAGAAGAUGCAGACAUUGAAUUAGAACGUGUAACUGGAAAAGGCCGAUUGAGAUGUGAACAUGAGCCUGGCCAUCCUGGUUCAGAGGCUGUUUUGAUUUUAGAAUUAAAAUCUCUUGCAGACAUAGGACUUGUUGGGUUUCCAAAUGCAGGAAAGAGCACUCUUCUAGGGGCCAUUUCUCGUGCUAAACCUACCGUGGGACAUUAUGCAUUUACAACUUUAAGGCCUAACAUAGGCAAGCUUGAGUAUGAAGACUUUUUCAAGCUUACAGUUGCAGAUAUUCCGGGGCUUAUAAGGGGAGCACAUGAAGAUCGAGGAUUGGGCCAUGCAUUUUUGAGGCACAUUGAGCGAACCAAGGCAUUAGCAUAUGUAGUAGACUUGUCAGCAUCUCUAGCUGAUAGAAAGGGGCCCCAGCCUUGGGAUCAAUUAAGGGAUCUGGUAUUUGAACUUGAGCAGCACCAACCAGGGUUGUCUAAUCGUUCUUCAUUAAUUGUGGCAAAUAAAAUAGAUGAAAAUGGUGCUGAAGAGGUGUUAACAGAACUCAAGCAAAGAGUACCAUCUGUGCCUAUUUUUCCAGUGUGUGCUGUGUUGGAAGAGGGAGUGCCAGAGCUAAAAAUUGGCCUACGAGAACUCAUUGAGGGACCAAAAAUAUGGAAGCUUGAAUUGAGCCAGAUUUGUGUUGAUUAGGGUGCUAGAUUCAGUAGUUUAACUCACCUUUAUGGAGUUUUCUAGUAUACAAAUCGCCGCAUGUCAUUCUUUUUAACAGGGAGGAUCUGAGUUCUGGAGCUUUUCUGAAGUUAUGAGAAUAUGUAAGAGCUUUUUAGUUGCUGGAUUCUCAGUAUCUGUUUUAAGUUUUAACCAAAUCAACAUCAGGAGAAUAGUAUCAUUUACUUGGGGUGAUUCUUAUUUAUUACAAUGUCACGAAUCGUUUUAUUUAAUAA